AUUGCAGAUCAGGAUGCUGUGGUCAUCCUGGAGAAGACUCCCAUCAGAAAAGACAUGUUCACGGAGCUCCUCAGUUGUUCCACACUCAGACUGGACAUGAAGAAUGACAUCUACAGCACUUACCGUCUCCAGGUCCCGCCUCACCUCAAUGAGAUUAAGACUACGGUCGUGUACCCAGCCACUCAGAAGCACUUAAAGAAAUACCAGCAGCAGGAGAGUUUCCUGGUGGAAGAGUCGGUGGAAGACUACGAGUCCAUCACGCUGCCCUACAUCCAGCAGCAAAGUUUUAGCUUGCAGUGGGUUUACAACAUCCUAGAGAAGAAGGCAGAAGCUGACAAGAUAGUAUAUGAAGAUCCAAACCCAGACCUGGGGUUUGUCCUGCUUCCUGAUUUCAAGUGGGACCAAAAACAGGUAAAUGACCCGAAAUGCUGA